AUGGCCGGAAAACAAGGUCGGAGAGAUAAAGGGGAGGUUAAACCGCCAUUGCAAAUGGUUAGGAACACUGAGACAGUUGAUUCUAAGGCGUUUGUGUUGGAGCAUUCGAGGCCAGGCAUUGUUUCUUUGUGUUUAUCGGAGAAUGAUGAUGAUGAUGAGAUUAAGCUAGACCCAGAUUAUCACAAUGUGGAGUUUUUGGUCACCACUGGGCCUGGACCUUGCCCACAGCUUGAUAGUAAGAACAUUGUCUUUGGGGCUGUGCUUGAAGGGUUGGAUGUUGUGACGAGCAUAGCUUCCAUCCCCACUUACAAACCAUCUGAAAGAAUCCGCCAGUACAAUGAUUUGGCAGAGUUUCUUGGAGAUGGAAGAGCUAAAAAUGCCCGCGCAAUCUGGAACAAGCCCCUUAAGACUGUCUAUAUCAGUGGUUGUGGAGAGCUCAAAGUAGCAAAACCAACCCUUCCUCCUACUCUCCCUUAG